UGUUCUUCUUCUAUUCUUCCUGAAAAAGCAUCAGCAACUCAAAAUCUUGGCGGCAAAGUUGAAGGCUUUAAGUUGUCAGCAGCUUCACGUGAAUGUGGUUCAAACUCUGCUCAUUUUAAAUCACAAGCAAUUGAAGAACAAGUUCAGGAUGAGAAUUUGGUUCUUGGUUUACUCAACGAUGAUGACAAAGAUAGAGAAAUAGACAACAAAGCAAAAGUAGCUCCUGAAACUCAUGUUGCAUUUUCAGUUGGAGGUCUUGGCAAGGUCAGGAUGGAAACUCCUGCUCACUCACCAAGAACACAAAGGGGUUUCAAUUCACCACCAAGGGUGGCUGGACUCUUAAAAGACUCAUCAAAGUUUAGGUCCAUGUCUUCUGAUCUUGGGCUAGAACGGAGUGAAGCUAUGUAUGAUAUCAGUAAGCUAAUUCACAGGGAUUCUGAAGUAGUUUGCAAACAGAAGUGUUGUACUUAUGAGAAGAGGAAUAGGGAAUCUUCGAAGUUUGUUAACUCAUGUAUCUACUCAGAUGUGCUUGAUGAUAUGCCUGAUUUCCUUGGUAGUAACAAUGAAAAUUUUCAAGAAAGGCCAUAUGAAUUAAGAGAAUAUAGUAAUGAUAUUCUGGACGAUAGUUUCAUGGGCAUAUGGGAGCAUGAUGCAGCUUGCGACAUUAAGUCCUAUUCUAGAAAUCACACUUCUGCCAUCUCGAAUGCAAAUACAUCGGAGUUGAAUAACAAUUUCUUUGGGGAUUUCUCUUUAGAUACUAGCAGCUUUGGAGCAGAACAACAUAAGAGACACAUCAAUUCAGAAAUGGAGGACUCCUUAUUCAGUCUUUCAGCAAUAGAAAAAGAAUGCAAUCUCAUAUUUUUUGACAAAGAUAGAAGUAAUUUCAAUCUACCUUCUUGGUCUUUCACUGAAAAGGAAAAUUUGCCAGACAGCGCAAGCUCUUUAAGUGAAGAGUCAUGCACAUCUACUGCAGCUAGAGAAGAUAAAAAUUAUGAAUUUCUAUCACAUUCAGCAAAAUUGAGAAGCAAGAAAAGACAUCUAAGUGACCUGGACAAAACCUUCAUGAAUCUGAAUGCAAUCAAGAAAAACCACAUGGAUGAGAUGGAUAUAAGCUCAGAACCUGGAAAAGAUAAGUUCGUACCAAAUCCAUUAAACUCUAAAGCUCAUCAUUGCUCAAAAGUUUCACCUGGACUUCAGAAAAUUCCAGAUCUCAGUUUCAAUUUUCAUCUGGAGGAACUUUCAGACUUCAAAGAGAACACAUCUAGAUUGAAAAUGCCUGUUGACCAUGCAAGUCGUUUUGAUUUCAGUUUCGCAAAUGAUAGAUCAGAAGAACUAUCAGGUUUUUCUGUUUGGAACAAGAACCACAAACAAACUAGGAAGACAGAAGUUUGCUUACCAUAUUCAGUCUUCUCUGGGGAUAAUCAAGACAGAAUUCCGAUGCCUGAACCAAUGAGGCAAAUAAAUUCUUCUAUCAAUGAAGGAGAUGUAGAUGGUAGUUCCUCGAAUCUAGAAAGCAAGGUAUUGGGUGAAAAAUCGUUGUGUUCACAGAGCAGCAGAGAAAACAGCAAGGAAAUACAAAGCGGCUGUGCAGAACUGAAUAAUGAAACAAAAAAACCAUCUUUUGGUUCUGAAGGAACCAACUCAGGACUUCAAACUUACAUCAAUGAAAAACUUGAACAUGAUUGCAGUACCCCCGAUCCGAAUCCAAUACAAAUCCUAAAGAAAGGUUCUGUCGAAGAAAAGAUGGGAUCUGAAGUGGCAAUUUUUAGAAGUUUAUCAGGGAAGGACUUCUCCAAAGAGCAUGGAACCGAGACCAUGAUGAAAUUCGACAGUCUAUAUAUCCGUCUCUUGCACAAAGAAUUUAUCUGGAAGUUGACCAAGUAGGUCUGUGCUUUCCCUGCACUUUGUUACAAGCUUAC